AUGAUGAAAUGGGGAGAAGAACCCAAAAACAGCCAGCGGGAGCACCCAAAGACACCCAAGAUAUCGGGACCCGACCCAGAAACCAGCUCCAACUGCUCAGCGAUGAGUCCGGAGGACCAGGGGGAAUAUAAGCAGUCCCAAUCACCACAUUUACCGCAAGCCAAGGGUGAUGAUCUGGCCCCGGCCACUAAACAUGACAUCCGGCAAUUGCUCCUGGAGAUAAAACAAAUGUUUGACUCUGACAUAAACUUGGCCCGGACAGAGAUACAAGCUGGGACCACAAGAGUUCAGGCCACGGAAGACGACAUCAUGGACUUAUGCCAAGAG